GGCUCGACUUCAACAACUUCUGUUCAGCUCAGAACUGCUUGGCCACUUGGUCUGAACUCUGAGGAGAGAUGCGUAAUGUGAACAAACAUGGCAGCUUGGCGCGUUUAUGGAGUGUAAUGAAAGAAGAGUGAAAGGAGGCGGCUCAGUCGUUGCCAUGGAGGGGAGAACUGUCAUCGUCACGGUCUUAUCAGGACUGUGUUUCCUGCCUGCCUGUGUUCCCCGUAAAUACUUCCUUGUUGAAAAGGCCAAGACCUGGUCUGAAUCUCAGAGCUACUGCAGGGAGAAGUACACCGACCUGGCCACAGCUGAGAACCAGGAAGAGAUGGAUGCUGUGGUGGACGUUGCAAUAACAUGGCUUUCUGGUCACGUAUGGAUCGGACUGCAUCAUGAGAUGACUCCCUGGAAGUGGUCACUGGAAGACGACAGUUACUAUGCUGAAGGAGAGAAAGAGUUCAGGAUGUGGCCGUAUGGAGAAGCCAACCGGGUGGACUAUGACUGUGUAGCUCUGUGGGAGAAUGGCUUCUGGAUGGACCAUCCUUGCAGUGGUGAAAGACAGUUUGUCUGCUCCACAGGAACAACAGCCUCCAGCUUUGUCUUUGUGAGGGAGUUAAAGACAUGGCUAGACGCUCAGAGCUACUGCAGGCAGCACUACACCGACCUGGCCAGUGUGAGGAGCCAAGCUGAGAACGAUCAGAUCUGGACGAUGACAGAGGGCCAGCAGUGUUGGAUUGGUCUCUACAGAGGACAGUGGAAGUGGUCAGAUGGGACACCCAUGUCCUUCAGACAGUGGAACCCUCAAAGAACUGGUGGUGUUAAUUCUCCCUGUAGUCUGGCACAUCAAGGCAAAUGGGAAGCCAGCAUAUGUUCACGCACAUUAUUCUUUGUGUGUUACCUUGGAGAUCCGGUGAGGAAGCAGGUGGUGAAGAUCAGAGCAACUCAGAAGGAUUCCUCUGGGAGCCUGGAGGAUGCAGCAGAGGCCAUUUUACUGGAGAUGAGUCAGAAACUGAAGGACCUCAGCCUGAGUGAAGACCUGAAGCUGUCAUGGAGGAAGCAGCCUGAUGGGAGGAUCUUUGUUCCAGAAGAAGAACAGGAGAAGAAAGCUGAAGAGAUCUCCUGCAGUCAUACUUGAAUUUAUUUUGCUAUUUAAUCACUCUUUUCUGCAAAAUUGCAAUUAAUUUCAAGGAGUUUUCAUUUGCUUUCUAUAUUUGUUCAGUUAAGUGUGUGCAUUUUGGCAGGUGUCAGGGGAUUUUUCCCCUGACACCUGCCAAAAUGCACACAUUUAAACUUUUGUUUAACUUGGGUACUGAAGUCAGUAAUUUAUAGCUUUUAAAUGAGUAACUUGAAGUGGUGAUUUUAACAAAUAUGUCUGUGGAACUUAACAGAGGCAGAAAACAUGUAUAGAAAAAAGAAAAAACAGUUGGAUUCAGACUUUAACCAGAACUUAUCCAGGUGAUUGCGGCCUGUACAGUGUGGACAUGACCUGAAACCAGCUAAAGCAGUGUGAAUUUUCAUGAUAUGCAGUUCCCUGAAUGUCAAAGAAACCGACUACAGGUUAUUUGUUUCCAUGUGUGGCUCAUUUUAGGUCGAUUAUGUCAUCAUUGAAAUCGAAACCUGAAUACAUUUCAGUCAGUUUUUAUCAGAUUUGCUGAGCCCAUGCAGAAUAAAGCUUGAUUUAAGUUGCAUUUUCCUGUUGUUACAUUAAUUACUUACUUGUCUGUCCCAAAGUAGCCACACCAUAAAGCCUACACUGCUUUUUGAAAAUCUUUUUUGUCGCAAAUGGGACCACAACAAACAUCGUGCUUUAUUGAAGGAGAUUUUAAACUCCAUAAACUGAAACCAUAAACUCAAUAGGAAAAUGUUUUCUAAGAUAACAAAUCAAGUGAGAAGUAGGACCAAUCUAAUUUCUUUUUGUAAAGAGUUGCCCCCUGCUGGUUGUUAAAGAAAGAGUGUCAAACAUAGACCUGGUGGUUAUGGUUGGGCACAAGGUCAACACCACAACCACUGCUCCAUCUUGUUUAGUAUCUGUCUCUAUGUUUGAAAACAGGGAAAAAGGAAAGGUGUCAUUGACGAAAUUAAUUUUUAAAGUCUUCAAACCUCACAUGACCCCGUCCUGUGAAACUAUAAAGCAUAUAAAUAUACACAACUGUUCAAUAGUUUGGGGUCAUCCGGGCAAUUUUAUGUUUUCGAUAGAAACUCCCACUUUUAUCCAUGUGCUAAAAUAACUGCACAAGGGUUUUCUAAUCAUCAAUGAACCUUUCAGCACCAUUAGCUAACACAAUGUAGCAUUAGAACACAGGAGUGAUGGUUGCUGGAAAUGUUCCUCUGUACCCCUAUGGAGAUAUUCCAUUAAAAAUCAGCUGUUUACUCCUAGAAUCUUCAUUUACCACAUUAACAAUGUCUGCACUGGAUUUAUCAUUUAUUUAAGGUUGAAAAAAACUGCUUUUCUUUUAAAAAUAAGGACAUUUCUAAGUGACCCUGAACUUUCAGAUGGAAGCGUACACCAUGCGCAUGUCCUAGCAGUUGAUCAGGAUCGUUAACAGUCAACCAAGAAUCACCAAAAAGCAGGUUUGCGAUGGAAUACAGGUGUCAGUGUCCUCAGUCUACUGCACUUCACGUUGCCAUGGGCUGAGAGGACGCCAUGCGAGAAGGAAGUGGCACCUUGUGGUUGGAUGAAACAAAAACGGAACUAUUUGGCCACAGUGACCAGAAAUAUGUUUGCAGGAGAGAAGCUGAGGCUUUAACCCCAAGAAUAUACCAUCAAGCAUGGCGGUAUGCUCUGGAACUGCUGCUUUACGCUAAGCAAAUGGAAUAAUGACGGAUGAUUAUCUCCAGAUAGUCCAGGAAAGCCGAAAAUCAUCAUCCAGAAGGUUUGGUCUUGAACACAGUUGGGUGUUUCAACAAGUCGAUGACAUCAAAAAUAGUGCAGAUGUGGGGAAAUUAGGCUACGUUUAAGCCAGAGGAAGUUCCAAAUUAAACUCCAUCGAGAAUCUGUGGACUGUUCUUCAAAAAGUUUAGUGUCAGAAAGCCAUCAAGUUUAGUAGAACUGCUGAGUGAUGUAUGGAGGGGAUUCAAUAAAGGAAAUGGGAAAAAUAUUUAGAAAAGCUUAAUAUCUUCUCUACAUCCGAGCAAAAAUGGAAAAAUCUGUGUGUAAGGUAGGUCAACGAUGAUGUGUCUGUGACAGUAAAUAAAAUCUACAACAAAAUGUUAUCUUAUUAUAAAUGAUAAUUAGUUUGACAAUAACAUUAUAGUAUGAUUUAUGUAUUCAAAUCAGUUAAGAUUAUUGCCAUUGGACAGCUAUUUGCUAUUCUAUAUAAUUCUGUAUGUUAAGGAUGGAAUUUUUUUUAACUGUUAUUUUCCAGAUUUUCCCUGUUUUGUUAAAUUAUAAAUAAUAUCUGGUAAAAACACAGAAAGAAACGUAUUAUUUACAUGUUGACCUAAACAAACAAAUCAAUAAAUAAAUUAAAAACAGAAUAAAACCACACAGAUUUCCGCAUGAAAAAACAAACAUUUUUAUAAAUAUAGAUACUACUACAUGUUAUUUUACAGUGUGUUUAUAAGUUUCCAGUGUCACAGUAUUGUAACAUUUUUUUACAUAUUUAUUUUAUUUUAUUUUUUCCUUGCACUCUUGCUGCCAGAUUUUCACAGCUUCUUCUUUCAUUUUUUAAAAUUUAAUUAAAUAUAUUCAUUAAUUUUUUGCAGGAUUUUUUGUUGUGUUAUGCGAAGUUGUAACGGUCUUUUGAAAUAUAUUUCCUCCGCUUCUUUAGGUUACACUUACUCAGGAUGUACUAUAUACAUUCACAUUCUGAUGCUGCUUUUGAUUAUUUAUUUUUGUGCAUAUUAAUGUAAGGAUGCCUUUGGUACCUUUAUUUUGAAGAGGUGCUGGACAGGUGUUCUGACUUCGCUGCUGCCUGAACUCACCAUCAGUGAGGCAGACUGUCAGAGCUGAGGGAAUCUGAGGAAAGGUGACCAUCAGGUACGUUCUCCGCACGGAAAACACGUUUACAGUUAAUUAAUCUGCUCGUUUCUUUCUUCUACUUGAGCUCUGAACUGAGUGAGUUGAAUGUUUAGUUAAAGUUUUCCUGCUCGGAACAAUCAGGAAUGGAUAGAAGGUGCUCGGACUCUUUCGUAAAGUUAACCCUCUUUAUAUUCAUUGCAUUUUUAUAUGUUAUUUUCCAUAUUUUCAAACUGUUUUUAUGUGUGUAUUACUGGUUGACUUGUGAGGAAAAAAAACACUUCCUUGUUUUUGAGAGUCUUUAUUGGGUCACGUCCUUUUAUUUGAGUCAAAAAAAAGACACAAAGAAGAGCAGAACUUUCUAAGAAUUAUCUGAACUUUGUCCUCUCAAAUGACAAAACCUGUCUGUGAAUGGCUGACCUGCUUAAUUCUUACUUUUAUUACAGUAAUGCUACACCUGCUGCUGAAAGAUCAGUUAAUCAAAGACAUCAGACACCUCCAUAAAGCGCCUGGUGGUGGAAUUGUGUUUUGUGUCUCUUUCUGGUUGUUUUCUGUGUAAUUGUAGCUGUUUCAUCUUCUUGUAAUCACUUUUAGACUCUGUGUGGUCAUUUUGCCUUUCUGUGUUGCUAUUUUGUAUCUCCAAGAUCGUUUUUGGUCAUUUUGUGUCUCUUCCACGUUGUUUUUGCAUCACUUUUUGUUUGUUUUGUGUGCUUAUAUCUAGCUAUUGUCAUGAUUGUGGUUUCUAUUUCUGUCUCUUUGUUUUUGUGGUUGCUUUGUGUGUCAGUCUGGAGUAAUUUGUGUCUCUUUGUGGUCAUUUUGCAUCUCUUUAAGGUUAUUUUGCGUCUUUUUCUUAGUUUGUUUCAUGCCGAUUUGUAUUCGUUUCUAAUAUUUUGUUGUUGUGUGCCUGCCUGUAGUAGUUGUUGACAUUUUGUGGCCAUUUUAUAUCUCUUUAACACUUUAUCUAUUCAGCCAUUUUUUUUGUUUGUUUCGUUAGUAUUUGUAUUUGUGUCUCAUGUUUUGUGGUUGUCUUCAUUUUGAAAUUAUCUGAGGUUGUUUUGUGUCUAUUCGUGGUCAGUUUGCAUCCCUUUGAGGAUGUUUCAGUAGCCUUUUUUGUGUUUUGUGAAUAUUUGAAGCUGUGUCUAAUGUUUUUGUGGUCGUUAUGUGUCAGUCCGUCAUAUUUUCUGUCAAUUUGUGGUUGUUUUGCAACUAUUCAGGGUUGUCUUGAGUCUAUUUGUGGUAAUUUUAUAUCUCUGUAGUCAUUUUUUUGUUGUUUUAUGUGACUGUUUUGCAUGUAUUGUAAGAAUUUGCAGUUGUGUAUGAUGUUUUUGUGGGUGUUGUGUGUCUGUCAGUGGUCAUUUUGCAUCAUUCAUUCGUGCUCUAUCUGUCCUAAAAUCUGCUUUCUGUUACCUUCAGUGCAGCGAUGACUGAAAUGAGGAGCACGUUUCUGCGUCGGAUCCUGGACGCUCUUGUUACCAGACCAGAGGGAAGCUCGGUGAACAGAGAGUCGAUGCGGUCCUUUGAGAUCGUAGCUUUAGGGAGCGUGCAGACCAUAGUGGGCCUGUUGAACAUGGCACUCAGUCCAGACAGACCAGGCACAUAUCUUGGCCGCUGGACCGGUCCGGGCACUUGGUACAUCGAAUUUGGACUACUUGUGUCCAUCUUCGCCAGCUGCUGCCCGUCUCGUUGCUCGGUGAGCUUCGCUGUGUUGAUGAACAUCGUCGGCUCUAUCUAUUCCGCUAUUCGCUUUGUGUUGCAUAAUAUGGACCUGGCAAAUGCCCAAAAGGGGUGUGGCUGGAAUAGUUCCAACCGUGACUGCAGAUAUGUGGCGAUAACGUCUCACACAUUAAACAUCCUGGCUGCCCUCCAGCUCAGUGUCUGCCUGACCCUCACAUGUUUGGGCACUCAGACUCUGCUCAACUGGAAGAAGGGUGGCACAGAUGUUGAGGCGAACCACUGUGUGGAGAAGGAAGUCCUCCUCCCCAGGAUUACUGUUUGAAAUCAGCUCACACCGACGUCGUCUUUGUGGGGAUUCUUUAGCCGAUGAUGAUCAAAGCUUCUUCACAAAGACGCUAGUGUUUCAUGGUGAAGGGGAUAUUUACUCUGGAGUCAGUUUAAUGUGAUUUUUUUCAUAAUGUUUUGCUCAUUAAAAAUAUUUUGAAGUUG